CGCCAGAUAACGCAUUUUUUGGCACCGUUGCCGUUUUUUAGAAGACGCCCAUCAAAAUCAUGUAGUUUUAGGGCGCCCGAUUUAGUUGUUGACUUAUCAUUUAUAGUCUCUUUCUUUUUAAUCGUUUUGUUCUUGUUCUGUUAUCACGUAACAGUGCUAACGCUGGUGAUAGCCUCAGACAAUCGGGUUGCCUAGUUACUGUUUGUUUUGAAGUUGCAAGUCUCCUCCGCUAUUUGACGCAAUGGACAGCAGUGUGACAUAAAGCAAAGAUGAAGACGGUUAUAGCUGCCUUACUGGUGAUUGGGACCAUCUUAGGCAGCGAAGGGCGUCACCACGGGCAUACAUCGUCCAAGGGCCAGGCCUGUGACAGGCGGCCGUGUGAGGAGUGGCAGGUGUGUGUGAAUCACAAAAACGGCUUCAGCUGCUUGUGCCAGGAGGGAUACCACGGGAGCAAAUGCGACGAAGAUGUUGAUGAGUGCAUGACAGGUGAGCAUUUAUGUGAUGAACACGCGACCUGCCAGAACACCUUCGGUUCAUACACCUGCACCUGCACGGAAGGGUUCCAGGGAGACGGGAGCUACUGUAGAGAAAUUGUCUGCCAGGACAUACAUGGGAUAAAAGAUGGUGACGUGGACGUCCCACGGCCCGCGCCUGCGCACAGCCACGCCACUUUCACUUGUCACCCAGGCCUGCACCUGGUUGGUCAACACAUCAUCACGUGUCUACCCACCGGCAGGUGGAGCGCUGCACCUCCGAGAUGUGAAACUAUCCUGUGCAACCCCAUAAACCCCAUUCCGAACGGCCUAGUCUACCUGUCCCACGACACGGCAUAUGUAGGCGUCCAGGCUGCCUUUAGGUGCAACGACGGCUUUCACCUGAUUGGUCCAACCCAAGUCACGUGCCAACAGAAUGGCCAAUGGAGUUCAACGGUGCCCACGUGUCAAGUUGUGACCUGCCCCUCCCCCGGGCUCCUGGCGAAUGGAGACGUCCAGGUGGUCCACCCGGCCAGGGUGCACUCUGUCGCCACUUUCAAGUGUAACCAGGGCUUCGACCUGGUCGGUCUGCCGGUCAUCUCUUGUGGGGAGGACGGGAGAUGGAGCGGACCGCCUCCAGUCUGUACAGCGACCCUGUGCCGCCCGCUAAGCGCGCCGGUGGACGGUGAGAUGUUACCGCCGGAAGAGAACAUCUACGGCAGCAUGGCCCGCUUCCGGUGCAGGCCCGGCUUCAACAUGGUCGGUCAGGGCACCAUCACGUGUCUCACCAGCGGCAAAUGGAGCGCGCCCGAGCCGACUUGUGAAGAUGUUAACGAAUGCCUAAACAACGUGAACUGCGAGGGCAAGACGCAGGAGGAAUGUGCCAUUCUAAGCAGGGGAGGCAAAGGGUAUAACAUCUGCUCUCCCGAAGCUGACUGCAUCAACACGGUCGGAUCGUACCACUGCCAGUGCAAGGACGGAUACGACGGCGACGGCGUGCACUGUGCAGACAUAGACGAGUGUGCGCAGCAAGAGUACCCCUGCCACAACCACGCCACAUGCAUUAACAUGCCGGGCGGCUUCAGCUGUACGUGUGUGUACGACAAGGACAAAGGACAAGGAUGCUUAGAAACUCCGGGGUACCAGGAGUCACCUGACUAUGGCGACCACGGUCACCAUGGAAACGGUCACCAUGGUAACGACCAUCUCCAUGACGACGCGGGAGGACACGCCCCUCUGCCCGGAGACGGGGCGGACUACAGCAACUUGGACGCCCAUGGGAACGGGAACGGCGCUACGGGCUACGGUACCGGCCACCAUGGGAACGAGAUCCAUGCCGUCAGGCCCCUCUUGAAGAAAAGGGCCCUGAAAAUUCCGGCGAAGAAAUCCCGGAUGAAAAGAGAAGAGGGUGAAGAAAAUGUCGAUGUUAAUGCAAGUGAAAACGAUGUUAGCGAUGAAGAAAACAACAACAACGAGCCUGCCGAUAGCAGUGACGUCAUUCACGAUUCGUUCCAUUCGCAAAGCGGCUCCCAGAAACCUUUACAAGAGGGAGAAGACACCCGUACUCAAGGAGAGAGCACCGUUGAACCUAAGAAAGAAAAUGGCAAACCCGUUGGCGAUAAAAAGAAAGCCAUCAGCCAGAUAAAAGAGCGCAUACAAGCCCUGAAGGACCGUUUGCAAGGAGAGAGCCCCCCAGCCGAAGAGCCAGAAAGUGACAACGACUACAAUAGUCCCCCAGCAGAAGUAGCUGAAGAAACGGGAAAUGGAGACUACGCCAAUGAGGACGCCGAGACACAAAUUGAGCACCAGGUGAAAGCGGAAGGCGGAGGCCAAAAAGGCGGCUGGAACGACUACCUGACACACGAGGAAUAUUACAACGCCGACUACGCUGACUAUGAGCAUGUAGACGACUCCGACGAUUCGGUCGGGAUCACAGUAGAGCAAGCCGGGAAGGCGAUUAACGUGUUGUCAGGGGCAACGCCAAAGGAGGGCCUGCAUGAUGUAUGGGGCUCUGCGGGCUCCAAACGAGAGAUCCCGUGCGUACCGAAGGGCGUGAAAGGUGCGCCUCCUGACGUCCCAGACCCGAACUACAGGUGGACUUACGGAAAGCACAGGGAGGUCUCGGGACACAGGUACGAGAUAGCAGACACAGGCGAGUUGACCAUAUCCCACCUCAUGGCCAACGAUUCCGGCACCUACCACUGCCACCUGAAGUUCAAGGACGGCAAGGGAGGGGGCGCUCGUACACACCGUAUGGACCUCAAGCACAGAGUCCAGGUUGGGCAUCUCGUGAAGUACGGCUAUUCCGUCAAACUCUCCUACACGGCCACGUCCUGUGCACAGUCCCUUCACCGCGAGUCGGAGCGAAUCUCAGACGUUCUCAACCAGAUGUGCGAGAAGCACAAGUGCAGCGUGAUUCUGGAUGUCCUUGACAUGACCUUGGGUACAGAGAUCAGUGAGAUGACGACCUCCAUUGACCCCAGUGAGAACGUGUUCUCCCGAGUGCUGUACUGUAAGGCAGGGUACGGACUCAACUACGGUGCUAAGGCUGUCAAGGGUUUAUGUGAUGAAGACUUUAUGACGAUUGUUGCCAUCAUCGUGUGUGCUACUGCUGGUUUACUUGUGCUCGCCGUGUGUGUGCCAUGCAUACUGCUCAGGCUCAUCUACAAAUCAGCUUAUGACAAAGCAACGAAGAAGGUCCUGCGAUGCUGUGACAGCCUGAAGACACUGCUGAUGAUGCCUUUCAGAAAACCGAAGGUAAACGUCAAACUUGAACCUGCCAAGGAGGACACGAAUGUCAAUGACAUCCUGUCCCAGUACGGCAGCAGGACAAGUCUGAAGAGGAAACAGAGCAAGGAGGGUAGCCGGCAAAGUGUGAAACAGGCCAGCAGUAGGAGACUGUCUGAGCUGAAGGGAAGCGGCUCUGUCAUCCGUACAGAGAGGACAGCCUCCGAGAAGAAGGUGUCCAUUGCCCCGUCUGGCACACCUCUUCCUCAGCAGACCCAGUCUACAGGUGUGGUGCCUUCCCUCUCCGUCAAACGGCUGGCUUCUCGGCACUCCAGCAGAGCGCUUGUAACCAAAAGGAGCAGCAGAUCGUCUAGAGGAAGCAGGAUGACUCUACCACCGCCACCGGAAGAUUUGGCCUCCCUCGUGCCCUCGGAUUCAAGCCUCCCUCCUCCCCCAUCUCCUCUUAGAAUGGCAUCGCCCACCAAGCUGCCACCCCCAGGCCCCCCUGCCCCAACUUACUACACAUGCUGGUCCUAUUAA